UUGCUGGCUGGACCUUUCACGACAUAUCGCACAGUCGGUAUAUUUCUCAAAAGAUAGCAAUGGACAGACUUCAUGCGCUCGAGAUGGCGAUCGAGAAGAUCAUUUUGGAUCCGAAAUAUCAUGACAUCCUCACACUCGUGAAAGGCAUUCGAAAUGGUGUCGUAUACGGCACCAAAGUGCGGUUCCCACAUGCGCUCGUCAUGAUAUUCCUCUUCAGAUCAGGCUCCUUCCGCUCAAAAUGCGCCCUCGUCUUCAAAGCAACCCGCCAACAUGCCCGUAACCUCGGCCUCUUCGCCCUCGUCUACAAAUCCUCCAUGCUCUUCCUCCGCCACACCUCCCCAACCGGCAAAGAGCGCCACUACGACGCUCUCCUCGCCGGUCUCCUAGGCGGCUACACCGUCUUCGGCCGCACAAUCCACAACUCCGUAUCCCAGCAAAUCGUCAUCUACGUCUUCGCCCGCGUGUGUCUCGCGCUCGCGAAGCUCGCGGUGCAGCCGAGCCACGUGGGCAGGAUAGAAGGUGUGGGCGGUGCUGCUGGGGGCGGUGGAGGGUGGGAACUCUUGGGCAAUGCGGAGCUGAGGAACAAAGUCGUCAAGAACGGGUGGCCUGUUUUUGCGAGCGUGAGCUGGGCGGCCGUCAUGUACCUUUUCAGGUGGCAUCCCGAGACUGUGCAGAGCAGUUUGCGGAGCAGUAUGAGCUAUAUCUACGUACAGUCGGACGAUUGGGACUCGCUGCGCAACUUCAUCUGGCACAACAAAUAACCGGACCCCAGUUCUGGAAAUCCAUGACCGGGAGUUUAUUGUUCCCCCCAGUACACAUAACUCACUCCAUGAAAAAAACGAUAGAAGCCCCUAGCUAACUAAGACGCUACAUAACUCCGGGGGGGGGGGGGGGGUUGUUAGAACAUGGCUUCUUCUUUUAUAUCAUCAUUUUCUUCAAUCGUCUCCCUUUUUCAAAUGUGCAUAGGUACCCCAACCCCCUCACCUCCCUUAUUCUUAUUUCCUUUCUCUCUCCAAGACGGUGGUUUCUCUGUGUGUCUUGUUUCAUUCACAUUUUUUCAAUUCGUAUGUAUGUAUGCAUGUAAUGCAAGUUACGUUAGAAUCCAAUGUUUCCAAACAAACAAACAAAACGAUUAUUCAACAAAAAUACCUAGGUAUUCACAUGGUUAACUUUGUAUCCCCCCUCCCUUCCCCCCCG